AUGGCCUACGUCAGUCGGCCGCCCGCUGCCGUGAGCGGAACUAUUGGGCAAGCAUACCCGUCGUACCACGGCUCCAAACCAUCCUCUUGGGAGGCACAGGGCCGCUAUUCACCGACUGGGUCACUGGAGGACUUCAUUACUUCGCCGAGCUUGUCGGACUAUUCCCUCGACAAUGGAAUGAACGUGGCCAGCCCUGGCCGCAAGUCGAAGGGAACCGGCAAGCGAAGCUCACAGCGAAGGCCAUCCAACCGAGAUGAGUUUGACGGUCCCCAUCAGUUCCUGCAGCGGCCAUCUCAGGAAGUGAUUGCAAUGCAGGAGCGGGAGCUCCCCCAUCUCCCCACCAAUCUCCACGUCCAGGAGCAGGACAGUGUCCUCAAUCAGGUCAACGAUCGUCUGUCGCAGUGCGCCUUCGAUUUCGUGGCCAAAUACCAGUUUCCGAUUCCUUUGACCCAGGACAUGCGACCCGUUGAAAGGCCGCAGGACCGCGAGUGGACGGAAUGGGUGUACCUCCUGAAGCGCCUGGCUACCAAGAGGCGGAUCCCGGCCCGUGUUCUCUACAAUGGACAGAUCAAGCAGUUUGUUACGAUUUUGGAGAACUCACUCGAGAUGCGACACGCCGCCAAGCAUCAGAGCCGUCCGCUCAAGGACGACCGCAACAUCCUCCAGCUAAUCUCGGCGGGCAUUCAGGUCGCCAAAAUUCUGAAGGAUGCGUCGGCCAUGGAUUACCUCGACCGGCUAUACGUUGAUACAGAGAAGCGGAUCCAGGAACGCGCCAACUCGCGGUUCCGAUCCUGA